CCUUUCGUAAUGUUCUGUUAUUUUGAUGCACACGUGCGCGGCGAAAGGUGAGUUAAGAAACAAAAAAAGUACCUCUUACUUUUCUUUGUAAGUGAUCACUUUCAUUCGGUUUUGUGAAGAUAAAGUAAGGCGGAGAAAGCCCAUCUUUCUGUUUUGAACUUGUUUGCUUCUAUCAAGCGCGUUUGAGGCAGUGAACAGGUGAUACGGUUUUACAUGUAGACUGGAAACAAAGGGUCGGUAGCAGUUAACUCCUGGACCCAGCUGUUUGACAGGUGGAAAUCGCUAUCCACUGGAUAAAUCACUUUCCAGUGGAAAACCCAAUUGGUUUUCCCAAUACCUAUCCGCUAAAUAGAGAUUUAUCCAGUAGAUAGCGUUAUCCAACGUUUGAACAACCGGGGCCUGUUCCUGAUUUUUUCUUUCCCCAAAGGUUAUCGCUUGAUACGAGAUAAACGUAGCCUGCGAGCGAGCUCUCUUGGGUGCUCUGGCGGCGGGGCAGGAAAAGGAAGUAGAGCUUUCAACUACGUCUCUGGAAUUUGAAUAUCUACAUCGAAAAAAGUCAAUGCAAAAGGCUUAUUGGUGGAGAUUACUAUAGUAAUGACGUCAAUUAUCUUGGCACGAGUUUUUCAAUGUUUGUUUACAUUCGCGCUCGUUUCCGCUUCACGAUGAUUGGCGGAAAUCUGACAGCUCAGUCGACGGGAAGCCACAGGGGAAUUGGAGGUGCAAUUCAAAUUCCAGAGACGUAGUUGCAAGCUCUCCUUCCUUUCCCGCCCCGCCGCCCGAACGCCCCGGAGAGCUUGCCCGUAGGCUUAGAUAAACUGCAUAGUGAAAACCACGUUAAAUUAUCGAAUGAUAUUCUUUUUUAAUGCACAGGACCUCGAUACAUUCCCAGUCCAUUGGCACUUCGUUAUAUCGGGUUCUUCUUUAUCUCUAUUUNUAUUCUUUUUUAAUGCACAGGACCUCGAUACAUUCCCAGUCCAUUGGCACUUCGUUAUAUCGGGUUCUUCUUUAUCUCUAUUUCCUUUCUAGUUGGCCGAGAUUUGGCUGCUGCAGUUGGGACGAUUCUCACUCAUUUGAGCUCAAGCAAAGAGGCAGGACCUCCUGUCGGGUGUUUAUUCCCCGAGGGGUCUUGUCUCGUAGAAUCCCUUGCCCGGCCUUCAAUGUAGUAGACGUGUUCAGCAGACUGUGGAGACCUUUGGCACCUGCUGGUAUCAAGAAGAUGACUGUCUUGUUGUUUUGGACGAAAUGGUAAAGUAAAUUUUUUAUAACUACUGUGAUUUACCCUUGAAACGUCGUACAUCAGCGAAGUUAAUUGUUUGAUAUUCAGCACCACUGAGCUUUUUCUCUCGCAGAAGUUUCCCAUUGGCCUUUUUGAAGUUAUGCGUUAGAUUGGAUCAGUGUUAAGUCGAAACGCAUCAUGGGAUUCUUUUAAGGGCGCUAUCUGGUCUUGUAUUGGUUACUACGUGGUUACUUAGGAAACGUGGUCAACUUCGUAUCUAAAAGAGUCCCAUAAUGCAAUUCAGCACUAAACCAACCCCGUACACACGCCCAACCUCAGAGUGGCUUUUUUAUUUAUCUAGUGUUGUACACCGUAAAUUUUCAUCGUAUCUCUCUUCCUUAAAAUGUAAAUCAGCACCUUCCGACCGCUUACUACCGUUAUUCAGGGUGUAAGAUUUAACGAGAAUAGCCGAAUUCCCUAAUGGAGUUAUUUGACAGGGAUUUCCGCAUAAGUUGUUUUGAAAUCUUUUAAAGUGUUUGUCUAUUCUUGUUAUUUCAGGUGUUUAUCGUCACAAAAAGUUUUAGAGUAUUUCCUAAGAUUUGCGGAGGAAUUCGCGGACAAGGUACGUCUGCCUGGAGGCUCAUUGUGUUUUGUUUAUUCACUGUUAUUUAUGUCAGCCUAACAUUUAUACAGCACGAUUUAUUUUAUCAAGAGAGCAACAAGCAAUUUUAUUCACCGCAAAGAAAUAAAUUAUUAACUAUAUGGGCACGGCAGUUGAAAGCGGAAAAUCAAAAUAUGCUCCAUAUGCAUCCUUACGACUACGAAAUAUAUCUUUUCAGCUUUAGUCUGCUCUAUUAGUUGCCUCUUUGAUGCUGUGUUUUUCCCUAGUUUUCGUUUGUCACCUGCUGCGUGCGAAGCGAAGAAACUGUUACGUCUCAUCGCCAAUCACUCGCAGGCAUGCUGACCGAGCGAGACUGGCGCAGAAGUGUUGACUCCGUGACGCAUACUUGCGGCUGCUAUCUUCAGAGCCAGCGGAGUCGCUCUGCGCGGCGUGGUGUUAUAACCGACCCGGAUGUUUGUCAGCUGUUUGGUUUAGUUGGAGUACCGACCAUUAUUUUGUUGGAUAGUUCAGGUAAGCCAGAUCAGUAGUGCUGUAAUCACACGAGAGUUGGCUUACGGAAGUGUCUAAAUGCUUCCGAGAUACUGGUCUCUUGAAGACGCCCGACAGGAUGCUCCUCAGAAAUACCGUAAAAUUCCGAAAAUAAGCCCCUCCAAGUAUAAGCCCCUCCAAAUAUAAGCCCCCCAAACCGGUAAAGCAAAAAACCCUCCGUUAAAUCGCCCCUCCAAAUAUAGGCCCCCGGGGACUUGUACUUAGAAAAUUUCCCUCAAAUACAAAGUAAAACAAAGCAAAAACGGUAAAUUUACUUCCAACUAUAAGGCUAGCCAAAUCGAUUUUGAAACGCAAAUUUCCCUCCGUAGAUUAGCCCCUCCAAAUAUAAGCCCCUCCAAAAAAAGCCCCUCAAAAAGGGCCUUUGAAAAAAAUAUAUGCCCCGGGGCUUAUUUUCGGAAUUUUACGGUAGUUUGCUAAAAGAGUGUGGCUUAACUCAAUGCAUCAUUUGCAUUUAAUGCGCAUUCACUUUGCAUUGCAUUUUGCAUAUGGAGUACGACUGUGUACUUUAUUUAAAAAAAAACUGUUGUAGUUUCAUACAUUUAAAUACUGAUUAAUAGGUUUGUUAAUUUGCAGGUUACAUAUCAUGGCAUGGCCGAUGUAUUUGUCAAGAUGCAUUAGCUUUUCGAUCUCUCCUGCUACAUAUAUUUUCUCAAGUCGAACCGUCACCUUGCCCAGUUCCUACUUGUUCACACUGCGAACUUGACAAAGAAGACGAACUCGACUCAAGUUCUUUCGAAGUGGACGAAGCGGACGAAACUUCUCAGGGUCGUCUUCGAAAGCCGUCCGCUGAGCUAAAUUCUUUGUAUCAAAGACUUCAUGGUUCUACCCGAAAGGAUGAUCUCUUUACCUUUCCAAGAGACUCGACGCCUCCAGGGGAAAUAAAAAAGGAACAGAUCAGGCCUAAAACUACCGGUACUGGUAGUCGUUCCGCUAGUUACAACCGAUUUAGCGGAAUGAGUGAGCAGUACACUUUAUAUUCUCGUACUUUCAGUGCGUAUGGUGCUGCCACUCGUCCAGUUACCUCGAGGCCAUCGUCUGUUGUAGCACGGUCGCGUACGCGCACACCACAAAGUACUUCCCAUUCCUCCUCAGGUGAAUUUCCUCUCCCGUCUGUCCCUCGGCAACGAGGCAAACGAACGCAUCCGCUGGACAGAGGGUUGUCGCCGAGAAUGAAGGCAAAAAUAUCAGUGGAAGAUUUUGCUCCCAGGUGA